AUGGCCAUGCUCAAGAACGGAGAGCCGUCCACUCGGCCACAGCCACCCCCGAAAGAAGGCAGCAUACCCAUAUACCUGGUCAACGGUAUCGCCACUAUCUGGGACGCUCAAACGGCUGCCACUUUGCACUGUGAAUAUGGGAUAUCAGGUCUGAGGGCGGGGACUCUGCCUGGUGUGUCUCAGCAGAAUGGGUUCUUGGGAUUGCCCAUGACGCUUAUGCAGGAAGAGACUGCUUUCCUAUUACAAGAAGGGAUCGCCCACAUCGUCCCUUUGAACCCUACGCCAGGACCUCCAUCUAAGGCUACUAUAGCCGCCCAUACGGCCGCUCGUAUAGCCCGUGUAAGAGCUCUCGAGGAGAAGGCUGCCGCGGAGGAAGUCAAGAGACAAGCAGAGUCUAGAAAGCUUUUCGAUCAUGGGGGCGAGAAGGCGAGGCUGAAGAGGGAAGCUAGGGCAAAGGCAAAGGCGGAGAAGGCAAAAGCCGCUGGGGCAGAAGAACCGUUCGAACAGAAAGAUGUGAAGGAGGUGAAGGAGAAACCAAAGACACAAACGGUGUCGCCUGGGCACUUUCACAUCGUCCCCGCCCACCCUGUCGUCUCAUCCGAGGCUUCGUCUUCAUCUACCAUCACAUCCCUUCCCCAUCCCCUCUUCCCCUUCCCCUCAACACCCCGACACCACGCCCUCCUAUCCGCCUUCUCCCGUCUAUCUUCGCUUUCUUAUCGUGUCGGUCUUGGACCGCGGUUUGGUGGAGAAUGGCUUGUAUACCCGGGUGACUAUCUGCGGUAUCACGCCCACUUUACGAGUCAGGUGAUCGUCAGAGAUGAACCGAUCAAGCCGCAGGAAAUUGUGGCUUGGGGACGAUUGGGAACCGGAACGAAGAAGGCGGGUCUGAUAUGCUGUUGGGACGACGGGAAGAGAGGUGAUGAAGCUGUUGAUGAGGAUAGAGAGAAGGAAGGAGAGGUCGAAUUCUAUUCCCUUGAAUGGGCCAACUUUGGAUAA